UCGAAAGAGGAGACGGAAACGGAAGAGAACAAUUCGAGGAAUGAAUGAAGAGACGAAGAAUACGAAGAAGAAGGUUAAGGAAGUAAAAAUUGCGAAAGAUAGGGAAACAGAGGAUCAGCAGGUCGGGAGGAGCAGCAAAUCAUCGUCGAGGAGUUCCACACCGAGAUCGGGAUCGAGGUCGUCGUCCAGGAGCAGUGUAUCGCCGGGGAUGGAGGCGCCGCUGAUCGACAGCGGCGUCUCCAUCGAACCCUGCGAGCUUCGUCCUGCGCCAUCCACAGUAGUAGAAUCAGGAGAAGGUGAUUAUCUUCCGGUGGAGAGCUUUGCCGAUGUCAGAUCUGUGGUUUGGAAAGAGUCGGUGAAGCUGUGGGUCAUCGCCGGUCCCAUUGCUUUCAAUAUACUUUGCCUCUAUGGAACUAACUCUUUUACGCAGAUCUUCGUUGGUCACGUUGGUAAUUUCGAACUCUCCGCCGUCGCCAUUUCCUUGUCCGUCAUCUCUAACUUCUCUUUUGGCUUCCUGCUUGGUAUGGGAAGCGCACUAGAGACACUAUGUGGGCAGGCGUUUGGUGCUGGGCAGGUCUUCAUGCUUGGCAUUUACAUGCAACGCUCAUGGAUAAUCCUUACAGUCUCCUGUUUCCUCCUAAGCCCAGUUUACAUCUUUGCCACCCCUAUCCUAAAAUUCCUUGGCCAGGAACAUGACAUCGCGGUGCUCACCGGCAAAUUUUCAGUUCAGAUCAUUCCUCAGAUGUUCUCACUGGCCAUCAAUUUCCCAACCCAAAAGUUCCUGCAGGCCCAAAGCAAGGUUGGGGUGUUGGCAUGGAUUGCCUUCGUGACCCUUCUCCUACACGUAUUCUUGCUCUGGCUCUUCAUCUCUGUGAUUGGCAUGGGUAUAUCUGGUGCAGCCAUGGCCUACAAUAUAUCUGCCUGGUGGGUCUCUAUAGCUCAGGUCAUCUAUGUGGUGAACUGGUGCAAGGAUGGAUGGAAGGGCUUGUCUUGGCUGGCUUUCAAAGAAAUUUGGGCCUUUGUUAGGCUCUCCUUGGCCUCUGCCAUCAUGCUUUGCCUUGAGAUAUGGUACAUGAUGAUUCUAGUUGUACUCACAGGCCACCUUGGUGAUGCAGUUAUAGCUGUUGCCUCCAUCUCUAUCUGCAUGAAUGUCAAUGGGUGGGAAGGAAUGCUGUUUAUUGGAAUCAAUGCUGCAAUAAGUGUUAGAGUCUCAAAUGAGCUUGGAUCAGGACACCAUAGGGCAGCUAAAUAUUCAGUCUUUGUUAUAGUUGCUCAAUCACUAGUCAUUGGGUUAUUCUUCAUGGUUGUUAUCUUGGCUACCAAAGACUAUUUUGCUGUACUUUUUACUGAUAGUAAAGAUUUGCAGAGAGCUGUCUCUCACUUGGCCCCCCUUCUUGGGGUAACCAUGGUUCUUAACAGUAUCCAGCCAGUCAUCUCAGGAGUUGCUGUUGGAGGUGGGUGGCAAGGAUUGGUUGCUUACAUUAACUUGGGUUGUUAUUAUAUUUUUGGGCUUCCUCUUGGGUUCCUUCUAGGUUACAAAACGAAAAUGAGAGUGGAGGGAAUUUGGUCUGGCAUGCUUUGUGGAACAGCACUUCAGACAUUGAUUCUACUGUUCAUCAUUUGGAAAACCGAUUGGAAGGAUGAGGCUGAACAGGCUACAGAACGCGUGCGUAUGUGGGGUGGGCAGGACAAAGAAGAUGAAAAUUUUGAAAUGGAUUCUCAUUAGAGAAGGUAAAAUUUUGCAAGUCUUCAGUUUUGGACUUUGGAGGAUGGCUGGUGUCUUGCUUCUGUAUCAAAUCUUACUAGUUACUCUUGUUUACUUAUUCCUUUGUAAAGGUUGGAUCAUAAUGAAUUAGGCUUAAAGUGGUGGAGUUUGUUUUAGGCUAUUUUUUCAUCUUUUUCAUGGGUAGUACAUAAAAAAAUGUUGUAAUUGUUGAUUGUUUGUU